AUGGACAUUGACCCGCGUGACCAACCGCCACCAGACCCGAAUGAUGUUCUCACAGAAGACUCUGACGAUGAGUUGGCAGAUUUGGAAAAGGAAUUUGAGGCACGUAAAGCUCGAUUGUUAGCUGAGAGAGAGAACAAGAAGAAAAAGACCGAGCGGGCCCUCCAAGUUCCAAGGUCACCAUCCCCAGACAGAGUAAGUGAAGUUGCUCAUAAGUCUGCUCAAGUCUUCUCAAAAGAAACCCCUAGAUUCAAGACUACGAUCGAAAACUCAAACACGACCAUCCCAAUUCCUAAAGAACAAUUUAAAGGAUUCAGAAAAGCUCUGACAUCUAGCUUUGCGAAGAAACUUCACGGUAUUGAACUGAUUGCUAAAUCAACGGUGGAAAACUACAACGAGCGAUAUUUCGAGUUUGAGAAUGUGCCUAAGCGAACUAUCAUUCAAUGUGAUGCUGAUAAUACUCUUGACGGAAUUUCUGGGGAGAUACUACUGCGUAGAUAUCUCGCUCAACCUCUUGUAGACCAAAUGAUGGUCAACAUAAAGGUUCUACGGAUUACCAAAUUACUAGCCAAGGUGUAUCCACCCAAGUUCGAAGAGCCACAAUACGUGAAUUGGUGCCUCACAGGAAUAAUCAUGCAUAAAAGCGACCCCAAGAUCACAUCCACAAACUCAAAAUAUAUGUGUCUCAGAGUUGGACUGUUUGCGCAUACGGUUGAUGUAAUGCUCUUCGGAGAUGCGUUCAAGAAGUAUUGGAAACUUCAAUGUGGAGACAUUAUCGCUAUCUUAAAUCCCAAUGUUAAAAAGUAUGGCAAUAACUUUAACCUAUCUCUUACUGAUGACUUACAAAGCAUUCUAGAAAUCGGAACCCUGAAAAACUACAAUAGGUGUUCUGCCACAACCGCUGAAGGAACUCGCUGUAAGUUUGUGGUUGACCUGCUGAAGAAUGAGCUAUGCAGCUACCAUGAGGAAGCAAAAUUCAAGCAACGCUCACGGAUGGAACUUCAAGGAAGUAUCAAACCUAAGGCACCACAAGACAAGAACGGCAACACAAGUCAGAUGUACUUCAACAAAGCGUCCAAUAAGCCACUGUAUGUAGGCUUUGAGAGUGCUGGAAUACAGGAGAAGGACAUGAUCUACUCAGGGGGCGAGCAGUUCGAUGAGACAAAGUACGACCGUCCAAUCAUUGAAAGCCUGGCGGCUAAACUACGAAAACAAAAGGCAAACCAAAGACUACGCCUGCAAUUGCUCACACAUGCGGUACCUGCGCGUGUGGAGGAGUUACAAAAAUUGGGUAUUGUUGGCUCUGAGGAAUAUGGCAUGGAACCGGAUAAACAAGAUCUGCUCCGGCUGCAAGCGUAUCACCGCGGCUUUGUUAAAGGAAUUGGAUACGAUCCAGUUCCAGCUGCCAGAUCUUCGACAUCUUCUACUUCUUCCCCCCAGAACUUCUCCUCGAACAGCGCUGCGAUUCAGGAGUUAAGACAGCUUAGCUCCGGCAAAAAGGCUAGUCUUGGUCCAUCUAGACAGGAGAAAAGCGCCAAACUACAAAAGCGUCAAAAAGCCUUGCACAUCAUUGAUGGAAAACUCCCCGCUAGAAAAAAGCGGCCGAUGGAAAAUCCGCUAAAUCCGAAAAGACGAAGAACUGACAUCACAAUCCUGGACGAAAACAACUCAUGUGAAAGUGAGAGCGACAUCGAGAUCUCCUUUGCCAACGAGGCAGAUCGAUCGCAGUACAAAACGGUUUGUAUGCCGUCGCAACCUGGGGUCAACUCCGAAGUAGAUGCCUAA